AGAAAAACGAAAAAAGCAAAGGGGAAAUUCUGGGGAGCCCUCUUCAUUUGAAUUGGAAUUCCCAAAUUGCAAAAAACCCUAACCAAAGCUGAUCCAAUGGAGGAUGUUGAAGCAGUGGAAGAAGGACUUCGUAGCAGGCGAAAGCUAGUCCAGUCGACGCUGUUUCCGAGCAGUGCGAAGCAGAUUCCAGUUAAAGGUGGAGCUGAGGAAGCUGAAGAAAGGAGAGUAAAUGAAGAAGAAGAGGAUGAGGAGGAAGAGUGGUGUGCGAGCCAAGAAAACGGAAACAAGACGAAAGGAAAACAGAGAAAGAAGAGAAAUUCCAAGGCAACAACGCCGCAGACUCAGUCAAGAGCUUCUAAGAAGGUUGCUCUAAAUGGUAGAGAAACUUCAAGCCAGGAAAUGCCUGAUGGAGAGUCUUCAGUUAUUGUCAAAAAUGAUUUCUUUCUAAAGCUUUCAGAGAGAAAGAAUCAGAAAAGACAGCAAAAUGAACAGCUAUACACCGAGUCACCUGAAAAGAUCCAAAAAUCUUGCUCACCUCCUGAGUUUACUGCAAAUAAGAGGACUCCUCGGUCUAAGAAGAAGCUUGCUAGAUCAACACCAGAGGAAGGCCAACUGGAUAUUAAAGCCAGAAAAAACAUGCUGAACAGUGUAUCGACAGAAGCAUGUUUGGUUCCACGUAACCUUAUGCAGGAUGAAUCAAUGUUACACUCGAUUCCUGAUCUCCGAAUGGAGGCUAAAAAGAUAGCUGAGGAGAAUUCCCGCAGAUAUGCAGGGAAACAAAUACAUCCUUUUUUUCAUUCCUUGAAAAUGGGUAAGAAGAGCCAAGAAGUGAUUGAUGUGGAGAGUAACUGGUACUCUUCUGAGGGAGAGGGAAAAAGCCUUGCUUUCAGCCCUAUUCAUGUAUUUGAAAUAGUUACGGAGGAUGAAACUGCCUUUGAUUGGGGUCACUGGAUCUUUUCUGAUGCUUGUUUUCUUGAUGCUGAUGUUGUGCUAGAAUGUGGAAGCUCUUCACUCUCUGAAGGUUCCGCCACCUCUCUACAAUUUGAUAACUUCUCUUCCAUCUCUUAUCCGAAGAGAACAUUGUCACACCAAAACAAGAUUGCACUGAAUCAACAUGCUACUUCACAAGAUGAAGUGGUUUCUGAUCAUUCGUCUAGAGAAACAAAAUUAUAUCAUUCAGCAUUAUCCGUAGUUGCUGAGGAACAAGUCACCCACUCUGAGCAGCUAAAGAAUGUGAGAGUGGAAAAUGUAGUGGACUCCCUCCAAAAUAACCUUAGCAGUUCAGAUGCCAAGAAGCAAGGUCAAUUUCUUCAAGAAAGGGUAGUGUUUGACUACCAGAACUGUCCCAGUCAGCCUAAAAGUUGUCUAUGGACUAACAAAUAUCAGCCUGAGAGAGCUUUUCAGGUAUGCGGUAAUAGCGAGCCAGUGAAACUUUUAAGUGAAUGGCUGCAUCUUUGGCAUGAAAAAGCUUCUCGCACAAGCAAAUCAUGCAUUCAUAGUGAUAGCGAUACUCUUCAAGACUUCUCCGACAGCCUUUAUGAAAGUGAAGCUGACUCUACAAAUGAAGAACAGCUGAAGAAUGUCUUUCUGGUAUCUGGACCAGUUGGGAGCGGGAAGUCGGCUGCAAUUUACGCCUGUGCUAAAGAACAGGGAUUUCAAGUUAUUGAGGUUAAUGCAUCAGAUUGGCGAAAUGGUGCUCUUGUGAAACAGAGAUUUGGAGAGGCUGUAGAAUCUCACUGGCUUCAACGGAUGCAAAAAGAUUCAGUGUAUUCAGUGUCUGGUGGUGGAGUUAUUGAAGCGAUACCUUUGUCUGAUGAGGAAAAUGCUCUAAAUGCCUCAGGAGUACAAAGAAAUCAAGUCUGCAGGGAGGAGAUAACUGCUAAUCAUCAGGGUGAAACUAAGACUCUAAUCCUUUUUGAGGAUGUGGAUACCGCUCUUUGUGAAGACCGUGGUUUUGUCUCUACCAUUCAACAACUUGCGGGGACUGCAAAGCGGCCCAUGAUAUUAACUAGCAAUAGUGACAAUCCGGUGCUCCCAAAUAAUUUAGAUAGGUUACACGUGUGCUUUAUGAUGCCAUCUUUGGAGGAGCUCCUUGGACUUGUGCACAUGGUUUGUGCUGGAGAACAAGUUAAAAUUCACCCAAUGCUGGUAGAGAGGUUUGUUGAUCAUUGCCUUGGAGAUAUUCGUAAAACUAUUAUGUAUCUCCAGUUCUGGUGUCAAGGCCAAACUUUGGAGAAAGAACCAGGUGAUGACCUGCAGCUAAGAUAUAGUCCUCUUCAGUUUGAUCUAGAUGCUGGUCAUCUGCUACUACCGAAAAUUAUCCAUUGGGAUGAUUUCCCAUCUCCACUAUCAGAACUUGUGGAUGAGGAGAUAACUAAGUCGAUGAGAGUAGAAGAAGAUAGCUACUGGGUGAACGAGAUAGCUGAGGAAGAUGAGCUAAACAAUAUUACAGAAAAGAACAAUUUUAGGAGUCACGAUAUGGGUGCAAACAAUGUUAAUGGAAAAAAGGACGCAAUGUUGAGCUUGCUCUACUCAUUUCAGGAUCACAAUGAGUGUACUAUGUUUGGUACUAAUUCAGAAUUUUCUGAUGCCUCUGAAUCACCAAUUGCAUUCACUCGAAGAAAUACGCUGAGAAAACUUGAUAGAGUCAUGUCUUCAGAUUCUGAGGAGGAAUGUAGCAGAGUUCCCUUGUCUUUAGAUCAACCUGAUACCAUAAAUGAGGAGAUUGAAACAGCAUGCAGUUCCCCCUCCCAUUUUUCAGCCACUGAAAUCUCCUGCAGUUUAUUGACAGAGAAUCUUCAUUUCAAAGCUAAAAGGUUGAAAAGAAAUUAUUUGGAGACAACUGAUUAUUCUACUGUGAAUGUCGUAAGCAAGUCUGUAAAUGUUUCCUGUGUGCCAGAGUCAUCAUUCAUCCCUGAGACUCUGCUUACUACUGGUUCGGAAUUAAUUUCACAUGCGGAGUCAUAUAAUGCUAUUGAUAUCAAAGUGGAGGCUAAUUAUGGUAGCAAUUUGUCCCUUCCAAGUAUGUAUCCACUCAAGGUUGAGAAACUUGAUGAAACUGUUCUUCUAUCUUCCGAGUAUCAGGAGUUGCAGGGUUGUAGUUCUGAUAGAAUAACAAAAUCAAUUCCUGGUGAGGUUGGUAGUUCUGAUAGAAUAACAAAAUCAAUUCCUGGUGAGGUUGGUAGUUCUGAUAGAAUAACAAAAUCAAUUCCUGGUGAGGUUGGUAGUUCUGAUAGAAAAACAAAAUCUAUUCCUGGAGAGGUCAUGGAGCAUUUUAACGGAAAAUGCAUGGAGGAUGUUCCGAGUGGAUAUCGGGUGUUGGAUGAGUGUAGCCGCAUGGACUUCAGCAAAAGUUCUACAUCCUUUAAGACUACUGUGCAGCCUAACCUGAAUACUUCUGUUCAGGAAACAUGGAGAAGACUUCGUGAAGGUUACCUGGACCUGAAACAGUAUAUCACCCCAGAGCAGAAAGAAUCUUCUCAGAUUCUUAAUGUUGCUCAUGAAAUGAGUGAUUUAAUUUCAGUGGCUGAUUUAUUACUUACUGACUGCAAACACCUUCUACCUGAUUCUUUGGAGCCUUCAAUGAUCCCUAUCAAAGAAUCACAUUCAUAUAACUGGCAUGAUGACCAGUUGAAGAUUUUUUCAGUUUUUGCUCAACAUGGAGUUUGCUUUUUUGCAAAAGAGAUUGCUUCUCUCAGACCGAGCACUUCAUCUGUACAUGAGGUGGAUUUGACCUGGGAGAUGUUGGCAUCCACAAAUAGUACAAUGGCUCUGGGAAAGAUGGUUGGACAGAGUAAGGGAAAACACGAAGGUUUGCAUUUAAGGCUACCAAGAAUUUGUCCUUCCUUCAGAAGCAAAGUGGACCGCAAUGCAUACAACUUACUUCAGUCUGUUGUUCCAUUGCGCUCACACAUUGCACUGAAAGGUGAUUCAUUUCAUGAAUAUCUCUCUUCAUUGAGCCAAAUCUCAAGAUUUGGAACCACCCGGUUAUCAGAAAGCAUUGAUAGGAGAAGACAGAGAAGGGCACGUGCCGGUCAACACUACCUGAGUUCUGGUAGAUUAGGUUUGACUCAAGAUGAUGUCUCAUUACUGGGCCAAUAUAAUUUCUACCAGAAAGUUUCACCAGGGUCAGAGGCUUAAUGUACAUAUAAUUUAGUUGGAGAUGGAUUCCAUCCCACCCCCGUGAAACGGGAGAGGGAGGCAAUGUAUAAUCAGUUGAUUAUUGUAAGUGCCAUGGCCAGGCAGUAGUUGAAUUGUCUGAAAGCAUGGACGACAAAGAUAAAGGUUAGGAAUAGGCACACUAAUUUAGUAGCAGAAUGUAAUUUAGUAAUUUCUUCAUUGUAAGUCAUACGUAGUCUUGUACUGUCAAAACUAUACAGUUUUAUAGCAAGUAAAUUCAAAAUAAAUGUUGGAAAAAAAAUGAAUCCAUUUUGCUCGAGUUA